AUGGGCCCCAAGUCAAAGUCAAAGAAAGAGGAGCCGGUCGAGCCUGGGUCGGAUGUUGUGAUGGAGGAUGAGCCGACCUCUGCUCAGCCCGAGAGCAGGGAUGAUAUGUCGGUGGAUCAGAACGAAGAUGAAGAUAUUGAUGAUUUCGAGGAGGAGGAAGAAGAGGAGGAGGUUCAAAGAGUGAGACUGCUGCCCGGCUCAACGCCUACCGCGGCCUCAUUCGAGUUUUUGAAUGAGGGCCACACACUCGGCAACGCUCUGAGCUACAUCAUCAACAGGAAUCCUGAUGUCGAGUUCUGCGCAUAUGCCAUUCCUCAUCCGUCUGAGAACAAAAUGAACGUCAGAAUCCAGACUUUCGAGGGCUCUGGCACUACAGCCAUUCAGGCUUUGGAAAAGGGGUUGCGCGAUCUGCAAGACCUCUGCGAUGUCGUGACAGACAAGUUUAUCGAGGCUCGGGAAAAGUUCAUGGCUACCAAGGGGUCUUCGUCUUCUUAA